UGUCUUGCCUUAAGACAAAUUUCGUUAGAGUUUGUGUUAUUUGGUGAAGGAGUGAUUCUGAGAGAAAAUGAAGCCUAUGGAAAAUGAUGACACUGUUGACGUUAAUGAUCAAAAUAACUGGUUGGGUUUCUCACUCUCUCCUCAAAUGAAUAUAGGUGUUUCUUCACACUCUCAUCAGUCCCAACCUUCCACUGCUGCUGCUGAAGUAGUUCCAGCAAGCUUUUACCACCACCCUCCUCCUCUUAAUAACUAUGGCUACUAUUAUGGACUUGAAGCUGAAAAUGUUGGAUUGUAUUCUACCCUGCCUAUCAUGCCUCUCAAAUCUGAUGGCUCUCUCUACGGAAUGGAAGCUCUGAGCAAGUCACAAGUACAAGUAAUGGCUACUACUUCAACACCAAAACUGGAGAAUUUCUUAGGUAGCGAGGCUAUGGGGACCCCUCACUAUGAGUGUAGUGCCACAGAAACAAUGCCUCUGAGCUUAGACAGUAUGUUUUACAACCAACCCUCACGCCGUGACCCAAACAACGCAAAUUACCAAAAUCAUGUCCAAGACAUCAACCGACAACAGCAGCAACAACAACAACAACAGCAAGAGCUUCAAGACCAACACUUCUCAUAUUUCUCUACCUUGAGAAACCAUGAUGUGAUGUUAGAAGGGUCCAAGCAAAGUCAAACUUCUGAUAGCAAUCUCCAGGUUCCGCACAUGGCUGAGAAUGGAUUUCCUGGUCUUAAGAACUGGGUUGUAAGGAAUUUCCCAGCUAGUCAUGCACAAGAGUCUAAGAUGACUGUUCCUGUGGAGGAAAAUGGAGGUGAAUCCGGGUCCAUUGGAUCAAUGCCAUAUGGGGAUUUGCAGUCUUUAAACUUGUCCAUGAGUCCUAGCUCACAGUCAAGCUGUGUUACAAGUUCACAGCGUGCAUCACCUGUUGUCAUAGAUUCUGUUGCCAUGGAUACAAAGAAAAGGGGUGCUGAAAAGGUUGAACAGAAACAAAUUGUUCAUAGGAAAUCCAUUGAUACUUUUGGACAAAGAACCUCCCAAUAUAGAGGUGUAACAAGGCAUAGGUGGACUGGUAGAUAUGAAGCUCAUCUAUGGGACAAUAGCUGCAAGAAAGAGGGCCAAAGCAGGAAAGGAAGACAAGUUUAUCUAGGGGGUUAUGAUAUGGAAGAAAAAGCUGCAAGAGCUUAUGAUCUGGCCGCACUCAAGUAUUGGGGACCCUCCACUCACAUAAACUUUCCUUUGGAAAAUUAUCAAAAUGAACUCGAGCAAAUGAAGAACAUGACCCGACAGGAAUAUGUUGCUCAUUUACGAAGAAAAAGCAGUGGAUUCUCAAGAGGGGCUUCCAUGUACAGAGGAGUAACAAGACACCACCAACAUGGAAGGUGGCAAGCUCGAAUUGGUAGGGUGGCUGGAAACAAAGAUCUAUAUCUUGGAACCUUCAGUACCCAAGAGGAAGCAGCUGAAGCCUACGAUAUUGCUGCCAUAAAAUUCAGAGGAGUUAAUGCUGUAACCAACUUCGAUAUAACAAAAUAUGAUGUGGAAAAAAUUAUGGCAAGCAGUAACCUACUUAGCAUUGAGCUAGCUAGGCGGAACAAAGAGAUAGAUGGUGGAACUCUGUAUAUUGAUCAUAAGCCUUCUGGAUAUGAUGACACCCAAGAAGCCAUUCUAAUGCAGAAGAACUGCGAAAGCCAAUCAGAUCAGUGGAAGAUGGUUCUCCAUGAUCAAUCCUCCCUUCAACUUAACCAGAAUCCACCAAGAAUUGAGACUGAAAAAUGUCAUCAGUCCUACUCAAUGGCUUUGGAUAACAUGUUUCAUCAAGAAGUAGAGGAAUCAAGUAAGAUGAGAACGCAUGUGUCAAAUCCUUCUUCAUUGGCCACAAGUUUGAGCAGCUCAAGAGAAUGUAGCCCAGAUAGGACAAACUUGCAAAUGCUCUCUGGAAUGCCUUCAACUGCGUCCAAACUAUUGACAAGAAGUCCAAAUAGUAAUGUGAAUUCUUGGGACCCAUCACCCCAUUUGAGGCCUGCCAUUUCCUUACCUCAGAUGCCAGUUUUUGCUGCUUGGACAGAUUUAUAGUCCUUUUUUCUUUUACAACUCUCAAGUAAAAUUUCAAACUUUGUUCUUUUUCUUUUUCUUU